AUGCUCGCCGCUGCCGCGCUCGGCCGCGCGCUCACCUGCACGCUCCUCGUCGCGGACGGGCUCAAGGACGAGGAGACCUUCCAGGUCACGUUCAACGGUGAUGGACCGCUGAGAGGCGUCAUGGCGACCGCCAACGGCAAGCUCGAGUCGCGCGGCUACGUCGGCAACCCCGCCGUCACGCUGCCGCCCACCGGCGCGGGCAAGCUCGACGUGGGAGGCGGCGUGGGCAAGGGGUCGCUGCAGGUGGUGCGCCAGAAGCAUCUUCCCGGCGCCGACCUGCCUUCGCAGUACUCGUCCAUCACCGAGAUCCGGACCGGCGAGAUCCCGGAAGACAUCAACUACUUUCUGCUCGAGUCGGAGCAGCGGCAGGGAGCCCUCGCCGCCGGCGUAUUCGUGUCGCCGGUCGCCGCCGGCGGCGCGGCGGAGGGCAGGGAGGAGAGCGGGGAGCUGCAGCCGCCCGCCGCCGACGCGCCGCCGAGUGCGGGCGUGCGGGUGGACGCUGGCGGGGGCUGGUACGUGCAGCUGCUGCCGUUUGCGGCGGAGGAGUCGAUUGUGCGGCUCGAGGAGAACAUCGCCAAGCUGGCGAGCCGCUCGCCGACCAGCCUGGUGCGGGAGGGGCUGGGGCCGCGCGAGAUCGUCGACCUGCUGCUCGACGGACUCGAGCCGGUCUUCGCCGACGACAAGCCGGCGCGCGUGCUGCGGACGAUGGCGCUCAUCCCGCGAGAGGAGCUCGAGGAGAUGCUCACCUCGAACGAGGUCAUCGAGGCCAGAUGCGAGUUUUGCGGCACCCUCUACCGAUCGACGCCCGAGGAGCUGCGCGAGAAGCUCGAGGCGCGCGAGUGA